AAAAUAGAACCAAGACUACGCUUCCCCUUAGCUCGCCUGUUGGCGGGUGUUUGCGUUGAAACUAUACCGAAAGCCUGACCUUAAAGGGGAGGGAGCAGAGGGGAACCGGGGCCCUUUAAAACGAGGCCAGCUGGUGCCUGCCCCUUUAAGGGCGGGGCACUCAGACGACAGAAUCUGAGCCCCAGAUUACCCCGAGUUUCCGUCACAAGCUGCAAGGUAAGGCUCCUUCGCUGGGUCCGGGUGCUUGGCGGCGGCGGUUUUAUCGCCGCUGGUCCUCCCCGGGCCCAGAAACACCCCAGCCCCAGUCAUGCUGAGCAGAGUAUGGAAGGAGCUGACUACGAAGUGCUAUCCGUGCGAGAGCAGCUAUUCCACGAGCGGGUCCGCGAGUGCAUUAUCUCAACACUGCUGUUUGCGACUCUCUACAUCCUCUGUCACAUCGCCCUGACCCGCUUCAAGAAGCCUGCUGAGUUUACCACAGUAGAUGAAGAAGAUGCCACAGUCAACAAGAUUGCGCUCGAGCUGUGCACCUUCACCCUGGCAGUCGCCCUGGGUGCUGUCCUGCUCCUGCCCUUCUCUAUCAUCAGCAACGAGGUGCUGCUCUCACUCCCUCAGAACUACUACAUCCAGUGGCUCAACGGCUCCCUCAUCCAUGGCCUCUGGAACCUUGUUUUUCUCUUCUCCAACUUGUCCCUCAUCUUCCUCAUGCCCUUUGCAUACUUCUUCACUGAAUCUGAGGGCUUUGCUGGCUCCAGAAAGGGUGUCCUGGCCCGGGUCUAUGAAACGGUGGUGAUGCUGAUGCUCCUCACUCUGCUGGUGCUGGGCAUGGUGUGGGUAGCCUCUGCCAUUGUGGACAACAACAAGGCCAGCAGGGAGUCCCUCUAUGACUUCUGGGAGUACUAUCUUCCCUACCUCUACUCCUGUAUCUCCUUCCUCGGGGUCCUGCUGCUCCUGGUGUGUACUCCACUGGGUCUCGCCCGCAUGUUCUCGGUCACUGGGAAGCUGCUGGUCAAGCCCCGGCUCCUGGAGGACCUGGAGGAGCAGCUGCACUGCUCAGCCUUUGAGGAAGCAGCUUUGACCCGCAGGAUUUGCAAUCCCACCUCCUGCUGGCUGCCCCUGGACAUGGAACUGCUGCACAGACAGGUCCUGGCUCUACAGACACAGAGGGUCUUGCUGGAGAAGCGGCGGAAGGCUUCAGCCUGGCAGCGGAACCUGGGCUACCCCCUGGCCAUGCUGUGCUUGCUGGUGCUGACGGGCCUGUCUGUGCUCAUUGUGGCCAUCCACAUCCUGGAGCUGCUCAUUGACGAGGCUGCCAUGCCCCGGGGCAUGCAGGGUGCCUCCCUGGGCCAGGUCUCCUUCUCCAAGCUGGGCUCCUUUGGUGCCGUCAUUCAGGUCGUCCUUAUCUUUUACCUGAUGGUCUCCUCGGUCGUGGGCUUCUAUAGCUCUCCACUGUUCCGGGGACUGCGGCCCAGAUGGCAUGACACGGCCAUGACGCAGAUAAUUGGGAACUGUGUCUGUCUCCUGGUUCUGAGCUCAGCACUUCCUGUCUUCUCUAGAACCCUGGGGCUCACUCGCUUUGACCUGCUGGGUGACUUUGGACGCUUCAACUGGCUGGGCAAUUUCUACAUCGUGUUCCUCUACAAUGCGGCCUUUGCGGGCCUCACCACUCUCUGUCUGGGCUGGACAGACUACCGUUGCCUGUCUCUGGUUUCCCCCGGGUGUCUAAGAAGACCCAGCACCAGUGACCUCCAGCUGGGGGUGGGAGGGAGAAAACUGGACACUGCCAUCUGCUGCCCAGGCCUGGAGAGGCGCCCAGGGAGCCUAAGCACUGUGCUAUCCUGGAGGGGCUGUGGACCGCCGGAGAGACGAGGGCAUAGGGAGGAAGAGGCCACAACCAUCAGCAAUAAAGUUGAUACCAGGGUUUUCUUUGGUUUUUUCAAAGGUCCAGUCUCUGUGUCUGUUUGAACAGGUUUGCUCCCACCAGUCCUGAGUCUACAGAGGGAAAUAGAGGGGUCCUUCCCACCAUCCUUUCCCUCUCCUCUAUCUGCAUUCUCAGUGACCUCUGGGGACUUGGGUCUGGUGUUAGGCCAUACAAUCAGGCAAUGGGAAGCUCCUCCUCCCCUGGCCUUGCUAAAACCUGGCUGGUCACCUGACUUUUCCUUAUACCCAAGCCUUAUUUCUUGGGCGCCUUGGUUAUUGGGGGUAAGUGGGCAUCAGCAUAGGAAGAGGUAAAAGAAGGGGCUGCCUGACAAAGGUUUGUGAUUCCUACCUCUGAGAAGAACCUAACUCUGUAUUUCCAGAGGCUAUCAGUGCCUUGAAUAUUCUGCAAGCCCUCCUGCUAUGUUGGGGAUAGGGACAAUGGUUCUGCACAUGGUUAUGCAGAUUGUACAUUGCACAACUUCCAGGGGCAUCAUUCACCUCUUAGUCACUGUGUGAAUGGUUACUACGACUAUUUUUUUGCAAAUGGCAAGCCAGUUACUUGAGGAAGGGCCGCUUUUUUUCUAAGGUACACAGGUUACUGUGAAUACUAGCCAUGGAGCUGAGUUGAGUAUGGGAUACAAAAAAAGAAUGUAGUUGCCACAAAUACUCGCUGAACACCUACUAUAGGCCAGGCACUCAGCUAAGUUUGUAUUUAAGAAUUGCUUUGUUUA